CACACACACACGCACCGGUGGGAACCAUACACACACUUCGUCGCUGAGGCUGGACACCAACGCUCCUGGCCCGGCAACGGAGCACAAAUCCAGGCUUCCAGGCGCCGCAGCCCGCUGUGAAAGUGGACUUUUCAUCGCCUUUCUUUUUCGAUAUGGGAGACAUGGGGGAUCCUCCGAAAAAGAAGCGACUGGUGUCUCUUUGCGUGGGCUGCGGGAACCAGAUCCACGACCAGUACAUCUUACGGGUAUCUCCGGACCUGGAGUGGCAUGCCGCUUGUCUCAAGUGCGCGGAGUGCAGUCAGUACCUGGACGAGUCAUGCACUUGCUUCGUCAGGGAUGGAAAGACUUAUUGUAAACGGGACUACAUCAGGUUAUACGGGAUUAAAUGCGCUAAAUGCAAUAUCGGCUUCAGUAAGAAUGACUUUGUCAUGAGGGCUCGCUCCAAAGUCUACCACAUCGAGUGUUUCCGCUGCGUGGCCUGCAGCAGGCAGCUUAUCCCGGGAGAUGAGUUCGCUCUGCGGGAAGACGGGUUGUUCUGCCGCGCUGACCAUGAUGUGGUGGAACGGGCCAGCCUCGGCAGUGGAGAUCCGCUCAGUCCCCUGCAUCCGGCCAGACCGCUGCAGAUGGCAGCAGAACCAAUCUCAGCUCGGCAGCCUGCACUUAGACCCCACGUCCACAAACAGCCAGAAAAGACCACCCGAGUCCGGACGGUGCUGAACGAGAAGCAGCUGCAUACGCUGCGGACCUGUUACAACGCCAACCCGAGGCCCGACGCCCUGAUGAAGGAGCAGCUGGUCGAGAUGACCGGCCUCAGCCCGCGAGUGAUCCGCGUCUGGUUCCAGAACAAGCGGUGCAAGGACAAGAAGAAAAGUCUGCUGAUGAAGCAGCUGCAACAGCAACAACCCAACGACAAGACGAACAUCCAGGGAAUGACGGGCACCCCAAUGGUUGCGGCCAGUCCGGAGCGACACGACGGCGGCAUCCAGGCCAACCCGGUGGAGGUGCAGAGCUACCAGCCGCCCUGGAAGGUCCUCAGCGACUUCGCCCUGCAAAGCGACAUAGACCAGCCGGCCUUCCAACAACUGGUCAGCUUCUCAGAGGGAGGGCCAGGUUCAAAUUCGACAGGCAGCGAGGUAGCAUCCAUGUCCUCCCAGCUUCCCGACACGCCGAACAGCAUGGUCUCCAGCCCCAUCGAGGCCUGAGGACUGGCUGACCACUCAGCCCCGACCAUCCCAUUCCUCCUGACUGGGUGUACUUUGACACUGUGAAGACAAUCAUGGGAUUUACUCCAGCCAACCAUCCUAACUUUAACACGGAGUGCAGACGGACGGACAUGAUGAGCGGUGCUGCCUGCUUUCAGUUGCCAAAAGGAGAAAGAGAAAAGGAAGCGGACCUCUGACAGGGAGCGCAAUCUAAUUCACGUAGGCCUACUUUCGAUAUGUUCAGCUUUGAAUAGAAAACGAUGGUUUUUUUAACCCGCUUCACCCACACCAUAUAGGCUAAGAGAUCUUUUGGAUCCGUCUGAUUUCUUCAUUUUGACUGAUUUCCUUUAUGACCCAAAGCCUGAGGCAUUUUAAACAAGGUAUACCUCUAGUUUGCCACAAACGUUGUGGGACAUUUGUGCUAUAGUGUCCGUCCAAGAAUAGGCAAUUUUUAUUUUCCCAAAGACAUGUAAAUUAUUCAGUUAGUUCUCUGCAAGAAAUUGUAUUGUUUGUUCCCGUGCAACAGAAUUAUUUAUUAUUUAUUGCCGACAAAUUUGCCACMUUUUGUGUAACUUUCGUAACUGAAGUAAAAAGAAACAAAAAGAAAUAUGCAGUUUGGUCUUUGGACUUUAGUUUACAUUUUAGUUUUUAUUUAUUCUUUAAAAUAUUUAAUAUCAACACAAAAAUAAGAUUUUUAUUGUGUUUUCUAUUUACGUAGCCUAUAGGUAAGGAAAAUGUCUUAUUUAGUUAGUUAUCAGGUGUAAUGUUGACGAGAGAACGACAAACAAACUUGCAUUUUUUUCUUACCAUCAUUUUGAACUUUUGUUUUACAGCACAACGUCGUCUUUCAGAGAGCAAGUGUUCUUAGGCAUGCGGUUCUGAUUUGACCGAGCUCACGUCAGUCGUAGUUCUCCGAUGUUUUAUACCAAGGAUUAGGCUCUUUUUUGUCACAUAUUAAAAUAAAGGAUCUAGUAAAAAAAAAAAAUAAUAAUAAAAGGCACACAGGCAGAAAAAUGCAGGACCACAUUAUUGAGAGCCACCAUUUUAACAUUUUAACCUUUUUACUAUUUAAAGGAAAAUAUUAUGCGCAAGCAAUUGGGAUGCAAGUCUAAAAACGGUCUAUGGUAAAAAAAAAAACAACAACAAAAAAACAUAAGACUAAUUUAUCAAGUGUCCUUUAUAACCAUGUCCCUGACAAGGUGUUCAUUCUAAUCUGAUUAAUCAGCUGGUAAUGAGCUUCGAACACUUCUGCUUAACAGUAAGAGAUAAUUAGUAAAAGGUGGAGGAAGUGAGGCUUAAUGGAGAGUGUCUUGACUUGUAAGUCCAGCUCUGUUACUCUGUUUAAUGUUGAUCUGAACAUUUCCAUGCUGUCCUUUGAUCUACACUCAGAGCUUAGUGUUCAGAUGAAUGCCAGAAGCUACAAAGCCACCUGAUUUAAUUUAUUCAUCUUUGUUUUCAGAUUUGAUCACAUUUAUAAUUAGUUUCUUUCAAUUUCUAAUAUGGUAUUGUUAAAAAUAUGCAAAACGUUUAACUCUUUAGUUAAAUCAAGAAAUUGGUUAUAUAACCACUUAAUGCAACAUAUUUAAAAGACUUAGUUUCCUUUUGUAGAAGUUAACACGGUCUGUGAAAGCUUGUAAGAAAGAUGAAAAGCAGAUAAUCCAGAAAUCCAUAAACAAACAGAUGCCGAAUUAUUCAUCUGGUCUAAUAUCUAUGUUGGGACAGAAUUUUCCCCCUUGCCAUUAAAAUUCAUUUUACCUCACCUACACAUCACCUCAGAGAAUUUUUUUAUACCUCAAAGUUAGUUUCACCUGAGCUGUCUGAAUCUUUGCUCAAAGGGCAUAACUGUGAUUGUAGAAGAAAAAUUAUAUUUUAGUAUGAAAAGAAAAAAAUAUCUGUGCCAAAGUUGUAUGACAUCAACACCGUCUCCUUGUGAAAUGUCGUUUUUCUUUGGUGAAACUUGAUAAAUUCAGCUUGAUUUAGGUCAUAAUUCACAUGGCCACCAGAGGUUGCUUUUUGAGCAGAUACAAACAUAAGAUCAAACAACUCCACAGGGACCUGAACUAUGAAGGAGGAUUUAGGGCUUCCAGGGGUUACCUCAGAUUUAACUCCAGGCCUGGAUACGAUGCCAUGGUAUUUUACAGCACACCUACCCUGCUGUGGAGCACCUUAUGCUGGAGAACAGAUAUCGCUAGCUAUAAAAAGAACACCUAUUGGUGAAUCACUGUUCCUGAAAACUGAGUGGUGAUGGGGAAAAAAAAAGAAACAUUGUGUGUGUUAUCAGUGAGGAUUUGCAGACCUGGGGGGAUAAGGGAUAAGGGAUGCUGGAGGGAGAAUCUGCUUUGAAGCCUUGUCCCUGCAGUCAAUUAUGCUUAAAUGAUGUUCAAGUGUAAACAAAAUUUAGUGUCAGAAUAAUAUAAUUCAAGAAUAUAAGAUUUAGACUUAGACUUAUCACCUGUUUUUCAGUUAACUGAAGUAGUACUCCUUUAGUUUAGUGAAAUAUUUUAUUUAUGUAUUUAAUUUAUUUAUUUUUGAAUUGAAAGGGAUACUCCUAUGUCUCCUUCAUCUGUGUGACAUAUUAAGCAUACUAUAGACAAGAAAAAAACAAGCAUAUACCAUAAAAUAGACAAAAAAAUAGUUAAGCUCAAAUGUGGCUAAUUAUAUUGUAUUGACAUUUGACUAAUGUACAGUUAAAAAAGCAAGGAUAGAGAAAACAAUAUUAAAUAUGUCCAGCUGCUAUUCUUUGUCAUGAAUGAAAUCACGCCAAAACUGAUGUUGCAGGUGUACAUGGGAAGAAGGUGGGUGAGGGACCGGCAGGGAGUUCUUUCAUUUUAGCUGAACACAUUAUAUUAUUUGUAAUUGUCAGACACUUACAACAUUUGUAAAAGGUCAGAGUGAGCAGAAGGAAGGAGUCAGAAAUCAGCAGGUCUGUUUAUGGAAACCUUCUACCAGUGUGCUGUAUUCGAAGUGUCUGUAUAAAUUGCAACUGUUAAAGUCAAAACUUCUUGUAACAACUCCGCUUAACAUGCAGAUUAUAGUUGUGAGCAAAUUUUAAAAUCAAAAUAUCAAUGUUGCAUUUUAUCCCAGCAAAUGAGGUCUACCCUAGCAAUUGCAACAAUGUCUAAAACCUUUAGGCUGUUUUUGGCUAAAUUAAAGUCUGUAAAAGAA